AUGAACAUCCCUCCUCCACCAAAGCCGCUGUGCCAGCAGCCCCUUCCCGACGAACUCAUUGUGGAGGUCCUGUCAUGGCUUCCGGUGAAAACCCUCAUAGGACUUAGGUGUGUGAGUAAGAUAUGGAACUCUCGUAUCACCUCUGACGCCAGCUUCAUCAAAUUGCACCGUCAAAGAUCAGCUGCACAAAACCCCCAAUUGUUGUUCCAACUGAAUCGCCAUAAACUCAAUCUCACACCGUUCCCCAUAAGUCGUUUAGUUGAGAACCCAUUGACCGCACUACCCAAUGACCCUCAAGACCACUUUGGGGACCAUGGGUUCGUGGGCAAAUUGUUGAUUGGUUCAUGCAAUGGCUUGAUCUGCAUACACAUCCAUUCUCUUGGCAUAUGGAUCAGAGACAAUUGGAUCUGUUUUUGGAAUCCGGCAACCAGAUUUGUAUCUGAAAAGUUGGGGUAUUUUCGUGCUGAGUAUCACUUUUCCAAGUUUACCUUUGGUUAUGAUAAUACAAACGACACUUACAAGGUGGUAUUUUUUGAUUUUGGGAAUGGUAAAUUAAAAACUGGCAUGGACUCACAGGGAAUUCCAGUGAAAGUUUUCACCUUGGGUGAUAAUCUUUGGAGGGACAUUCAAAGUUUACCUGUGGGUGUGGUUACUCUUCACGAUAAUUUCAAGAAACCAAAUGAUGGAGUGAAUUUGAGUGGCACUCUUAACUGGAUGGCACUUCAUAAUAAUCCCACUCUUUUUUAUGAUCCAAAUGUUAUUACUGUUGAGAAUAUCUUAAUUCUUUCGCUUGAUCUGGGUACAGAGACAUACAACCAGUUUUCACUGCCUGGGGGUUUUGAUGAGGUUCCCUGUGUGAAGCCGAACGUUCAGGUUUUGAUGGAUUAUCUGUGCUUUUGUCAUGUUUGGAAAAAAACUCAUUUUGUUAUUUGGCAGAUGAAAGAGUUUGGGGUUGAAAACUCUUGGACUCAGUUAUUGAAGAUCAGUUACCAGGAUCUCCAAAUUCAACUCUCUGGCGAUAUUCACUAUCAGUUGUUUCCAUUGUUCCUUUACAAUGGUCAUACACUGAUAUUGGUAGACUCUCAUGACUAUCAAGCAAUACUCUUUAAUAUGAGAGACAAUAGAGCAGAGAAAACUAGGAUUACAAAUAAAAUAUGUUGGUCCUCUACUGUGAAUUACAUUGAAACCUUGGCUUCUCCUCAAUGA